AUGGAUAACGGGAAGAACCACGACUCGAAAUUUGACGUUGGUGAAGAUCGGCUCGUCAAGAAAUCUAGCCCUUCUGACGAGAAGUACGAGUGGGAAGAAGAUGCACACCAUGAAGACACCGCACGGGGCAUCUUUGACUUUGACGAGAGGCAGACCAUCAGCGGGAAGUUCGAGAAUCCUCUGGCAGGAAUCUCAAAGGCUAAGCUUUUCCAGGAGGUGGAAAAGUUCUGCCGCGAUUAUGACUUGAUGGAAAAGAUCGAAGUGAUGAAAAAAGGGGCACUAGUUGCACAAUCGCCCCUGCGAUACCACGAGAUCGAAGAGCUGUCGGACGAAGAUAUCGCCAUCCUCCAGCACGAGAAGUCGCACAAGUGGAACCAGCCAUGGAUGCUCUACUGGCUCACAGUGAUGUGUGCAAUGGGUGCAGCAACCCAGGGUAUGGAUGAGUCUGUCAAUAAUGGCGCAGUCGCCUUCUAUCCAACCCAGCUGGGUAUCGACAAACUGAGCAACGCAACUUGGAUUGAAGGCCUUGUCGUGGGUGCUCCGUACCUUGCCUGCGCCCUGAUAGGCUGCUGGCUCAACGAGCCUUUAAACUAUUUUUUUGCUCGCCGCGGAACCAUCUUCAUCUCCUGCUUUUUUGCCGCUUGGGCUUCCAUAUGGGAGGCCUUUACUUAUUCUUGGGGCCAGCUGUUUGCAGCUCGGUUUGUCCUAGGACUGGGUAUUGGAGCUAAAUCGAGUACUAUUCCAGUCUACGCGGCCGAGUGCGCUCCAGCGCCCAUCAGAGGUGCUCUUGUCAUGCAAUGGCAGGUUUGGACCGCAUUUGGAAUCAUGAUAGGCAAUAUAAUGGGCGUUGCGUUCUACUCGUUAGGUCCAGACGUGGGGUGGCGUGUCAUGCUUGGCUCAAGCUUUGUCCCGCCCCUUUUCGUGAUGACGCAGGUAUUCUUUUGUCCAGAGUCUCCGCGAUGGUUGAUCCAGAACCAUAAAGUUCAGAGGGCUUAUCGCUCAUUCCGCCGCAUCCGCAACACUGAACUUGAGGCCUGUAGAGAUCUCUUCUAUACUCAUGUUGGUGUCGAGAUUGAACGAAGAGUCAACAAAGGCAAGAACUUCUUCACGAAGCUCGCCGAGUUAUUCUCCGUUCCACGAAACCGCCGCGCCACUAUGGCUACAUGGAUGAUUAUGUUCGGCCAGCAGUUCUGUGGUGUCAAUGUCAUUGCCUACUAUUCUACCACGAUCUUCGUUGAAAGUGGCUAUACUCACCCUCAGGCUUUGCUUUUCUCUAUGGGUACGGGGAUUUUGAAUUGGGUAUUUGCCCUCCCGGCCUUUUUCACUAUCGAUACCUUUGGAAGGCGGUUUCUACUCUUGAUCACUUUCCCUUUCCUUUGUAUCACUCUCCUGUGGACGGGCAUGUCUUUCUUCCUACCAGAACACAGCACAAAGCGAACGGCGAUGAUUACGACGGGGAUGUAUCUCUACGAAGUAUUCUACUCCCCGGGUAUGGGCCCGGUGCCAUUUUCAUACUCUGCAGAAUCUUUCCCAAUCCAGGUUCGUGACGUCGGCAUGGCUUCGGCAACCGCUGUCCUUUGGGCAUUUAAUUUCAUUCUUUCGUUUACCUGGCCGGCGCUGGUCAAAGCAUUCAAACCCCAGGGUGCCUUUGGCUGGUACGCUGCCUGGUGCGCGAUACUAUGGUUACUCACUCUUCUCAUUUUCCCGGAAACCAAGGAGCUAACCUUGGAAGAAUUGGACGCUGUGUUUAGCGUUCCUACGCGGAAGCAAGUUGCUCGUGGAAUGCGCGAGCCAAUGUAUUGGUUUAACAAAUAUGUCCUUCGUCGGAAAGUUGAACUCCCCCCAUUGGUUGACAUUCGGCAGCUACGAGGCGAGAAAAAGGAACCAGACAUGGCCGGCGCUGUUUGA